AUGAGGAAGGAAGACGGUGGAAUAGCUGUACAUGCUGUACCAGAACGGGCUGCCAGCCGGGAUGGCGGGAGGGCCUCGGCCGCCCUGGUGAAGGAACGUCUGCUGGAGGCCAAGGCUUCGGGGCCCCGGCUCUGCGUGGACCUCGGCAUGGCCGACUGCAUGACGCAGAAGGAAACAAGCCGCCUCGCCUCCCAGAUCAGGAGACUCUACGGGGCAAACAGGCGGGCCAAGAAGCCGUUUUGGCUCUGUCUGACGGAGUUUGUGGUGGGCUCAUUGAUCUACGAAGAGUGUUUUCGCAUGAACGACGGCUUCUCCAAUUAUGUGAUGGAUACAACUGAAGAAAGUUACCUGGACCUGUUUCCUUUAGAUGCAAUUGUUUAUCUCACUCCUGACUCUGAGAAUGUCCUUGAAGAUAUUGAUCCAAAUAAAGUGUACGUCCUCGGAGGCCUGGUGGAUGAAAGUAUUCACAAGAAGCUGACUCUGCAAAGGGCACGAGAGCAGUCCUUACAAACAGCCCGCCUCCCCAUUCGUGAGUACAUGGUGAAAACCGUUAACACCAAGAACUACCACUCAGAGACACUGGCAGUUAAUCAAGUCUUUGAUGUCUUAUCAACUUACUAUGAAACCCGAAGUUGGCCAGCAGCCUUGAAAGCUGGAGUUUCUUCUGGAAAAGGCUAUGCGCUACCAGAUGCAGUGAAAUAAGUGGAAAUAACUCAGCAUGACAAUGCACAAGAAAACUCUUUAUUUUGUGAUGUUAUGGAGCCAUGCAGACAAGAGAGGCAAACUCCAAAUUUCAAGCAGAGGCACCAGCAUGUCCGUGGAGAAAACAGCUCUGCAUAAAUCUUGUUUAAGGACCUUGUUGAGCGUGACACAUUCUACCUCAGCUGUACAAUGCUGGAAAUGGCUUUUCCCCUUGGAACAGAAAACAAAAGCUGAUGGAGUCCUGGGAUCAAGUAAAAAAUGGACAGGAAUUCAGUUUUGCUUCUCUGUGGGUGCUUGCUAGAGUGUUCCUGACUCUUGCAUCUACACUUGUUCUGGAACAGGGAGGAGAGCUUUAAGAUAUUUCUUUCAUCUUGAUUAAACGACAAUUAAGGUGAAGUUAGAAUUGCAAAGCUCACUGGCAAGGAAAAUUCCUUCCCACAGAAAAGGAUAGUGCUGUUCCAGUUGGAGAACACAAGAUGGGAAGUGAUUCCCCAAUGGAGAAACAGUUCCCAGGUGCACCAUGUCCUAACAACUUUAAACCAGUUGGAA